UGAAGAACUAAAAUAUGGUAACACAAAUAAAAAAACUGCGGAUAGGAGCAUUUCAACGUUUUCAAGUGCCAAAUCAAAGUUUCCAAUGAGAACACACGCUUUAGUACUGCUGUCCGUCACAAUCUUCCUAUUUGACAGAGCUUCGUGCAUACCUUUGCGUCAAAGAAGAGAACAGCGUAGUGGUCGACGCGAAGCACGAAGCAACUCUUCCACAACAGAAAGAAGUCCAUCCAGCCUACAAAUAUGGAAUGGAUGUACUGGAUCCAGCGGGUCUCUAAGACAUAACUGGGGACCCCGGUCGCAUGCGUUUGAUGACAC